ACUCCCGUCGUUUCAAUACCCAAAACAUUCAUCCAUCCAUUCUCUGUAAACCAACGCGCACCCACCUUUCUGUUUUACCGCCAAAAUGAGCUUCGGAAAGCUUUACUACUACCCCAAGGCGCCUCGCGCGACACAGUGUCUCUACAUCGCCGAGUACAACAAGCUUGAUAUCGAGUUCGUCGAAGCAUGGCCGAUCAAGGUCGACGCCAGCAAGGGCGGCGUGGGGGAAGACUACCUCUCGAAAUUUCCUCCCGGCAAGGUUCCCGCGCUUGAGCGACCCAACGGCUUCACGCUUUACGAAUGCAUCCCAGUUUCGAUUUACCUCGCAAAGCAGGACCCUAAUACCAAGCUUCUCGGCACGACCCUCGAAGACGAGGCAACUAUACUGAAGUGGGCAUCUUUCGCCAACAGCGAGCUACUACCCCCCAUCAUGGCAUGGAUCAACCCAGUCAUCGGCAAGGGCCCCUCAUCACCCGAGAUUCUCGCGGCGGCAGAGAAGAACAGCGAAGGCAUGGUCAGCGUGGUGGAGAAGGCGUUGACAGGCAAGAAGUUUCUCGUUGGCGACGAGCUCACGAUAGCGGACUUGUUCGUGAUUGCGGCGAUUGCGAGAGGAUACCAAUUUGUCUUUGCCAAGGAAUGGACGGAGAAGCACCCGGCCAUCCACGACUGGUACUGGCGAAUCAAGAGCGAUGACAUUUGGAAGAAGAUUGACGGCGAACCUUACGUGUUGGACGUGGUGGGAGGAAAGCCGGUCUGAGAGUGGAAUAAUCACCAAACACGUAACAGCGAAUCGGCCAGAAUGAUGAUACUGUAAACAAAGACCAAUACUUGACAAAGUAUAAAGAGUCAAGAUCCCGGCACUCAGUGCGAUAUCAGAGGAGGGGCGGGCAGAUACGAGAGGAGACAGACGAGAGAUAGGUUGAUAA